GUGUGAGUCCCGUAAAAGGUAUUCUCAAUCUCCAAUUUCUUACAAAGAACAGAGUUUUGCUAUCAAAUAUACUUUCUUCAUUUCGUCUCAUUUAACUGAUUCGAUAUGGAACUCCGAAGAGAUCGUAAAUCCGUAAUCAAUCAAGCCGCCAUGGAUCGAGCUGCCAUGGACCGAGUUCUGAAAGCUGCGCGUUCUUCCGGUUCGCUCAACCUUUCAAACCGCUCUCUCAAAGAAGUACCGGAUGAGGUUUACAAAAUUUUGGAUGCGGUCGGUGGAGAUGAGAAGUGGUGGGAGACUGUGGAGCUGCAGAAGCUUAUUCUAGCUCAUAAUGAUAUUGAAUUGCUGAAGGAAGAUUUGAGAAAUUUGACUUCGUUAGUAGUGCUGAAUCUAAGUCAUAAUAAGCUUACGCACCUCCCUGCUGCUAUUGGAGAGCUUCAGAUGCUUAAGUCAUUAGACGUGACAUCUAAUUCGAUAAUGGAAAUACCAGAAGAAAUUGGAUCGGCUGCUUCUCUGGUGAAGUUUGACUGUUCGAAUAACCGGCUUAGCUCUCUUCCUAGUUCCCUAGGGCAUUGCACAAAUUUGUCAGAACUGAAGGCAUCAAACAAUAUAAUUUCCAGCUUGCCGGAAGAGCUGGCAAAUUGUUCAAAAUUAACGAAGUUGGAUGUAGAGGGAAAUAAGCUAGUUGAGCUGUCACAUAAAUUGAUUGCAUCGUGCCCUAUGCUUAUGGAACUCAACGCAUCUAAAAAUCUACUCACCAGCCUCCCGGAGAGUAUUGGAUGCCUUGCACGUGUAAUUAGGUUGGACCUUCACCAAAACAGAAUUUCCUCGAUUCCGUCAUCAAUAAAGGGCUGCUCUUCCCUUAUAGAGUUAUAUUUAGGGAACAAUGCAUUGUCUUCGUUGCCUGUGGAAAUUGGAUCACUGACUCAGCUGGGGACAUUUGAUCUGCAGUCAAACCAGUUGAAAGAAUAUCCUGUGGAGGCUUGCAGUUUGCACCUCUCAGUUCUUGACCUGUCAAAUAAUUCACUGUCUGGUUUGCCUUCUGAGAUUGGCUUGAUGAUAACACUGCGGAAACUUUUACUCGCUGGUAAUCCAUUGAGAACACUUCGGAGCUCACUGGUAAAUGGACCUACAACUGCUCUGUUGAAGUAUCUUCGAAGUAGACUCCCAAAAGAUGAAGAGUCUGCAGCACCCUCAGCUGUGAAACAGGACCCUUUUGCACUGGCUGCUCAGUCAUCUCUGACUUCAAAGGAACUCUCAUUAGCUGGGUUAAGUUUGAGUGCUGUGCCAUCAGAAAUUUUGAAGUCAAGUGAUAUUACGAAAGUCAAUCUUACAGGAAAUUCAAUAGAAGAGUUACCCUUUGAGCUUGGAUCUUGUGUCUCCAUUGAGGUUCUGAUUCUGACCAAGAACAAGAUAAAAGAGUGGCCUACUACGGUUUUAGCUUCUCUUCCUAGACUUUUGUGCUUGAAACUGGAUGGUAAUCCACUCCAAAAGAUCCCCUCAGACGGCUUUCGAGCAGUAUCCAAGCUCCGGAUUCUGGAUCUAAGUGGUGCUGCUGGUGCACUUCCAGAAAACCCAGCAUUUUCGAGCUUACCGGAUCUGGAGGAACUUUACCUGAGGCGGAUGCAGAUACCAGUUUUUCCUUUGGAAAUAAUGUGUUUACAGCAGUUACAUAUACUGGACUUGAGCCAGAACUCCAUGCAAUCAAUUCCAGAGAGCAUCAAGGAUCUUUCUUCUCUUAUAGAGCUUAACCUAUCAGACAACAAUAUUUCUUCUCUUCCACCAAAUCUGGGUUUGCUAGAACCCAGUCUGCAGGUUUUAAAAGUUGAUGGAAACCCAUUGAGAAGUAUUCGAAGGCCAAUUUUGGACCGUGGAACAAAAGCGAUCCUGAGCUAUUUAAAGGAUAGAAUUGUCCAGCAGUAACAGGUUCGUAUUUCCUCCAUGACGACAGUGGCGAACUUGCGGUUCCCGUUGACGAGCUGAGUAGCAUAAACUCUUAAUAUCACUCAUGUUCCCGUUGGUGUGUUAUGUAUAAAUUAGUAUUGUCUAUUGUAUCAAAGCAUUUCAUCAAGCUGGAAUUGUAUCCCAGUUAAGUUUUUAACUCAUUGCUUCGCCUUGCGGUUUCCAUCGCCUAAAUGUGUUGUUGUCAUGUAUUCAAGUAUUAUAUUCACAUUCCUACUAGAUACUCUUUUAUCUA